AUGGUUCCAAGCAAGCAUCGUGUCCCAGAUGGUAUGAAAAGCAAAUUUGGAAUGCCUUCAAAAGAAUGGACACAAAAGUUUCAUCACGUUUUUUUGAUUGUGUUUAAUUAUCGCUACUCUCCUUACUUUAAAAGCAAAGUUGAGGAUGGAAAAGCUAGAAUUUGUGCUGAUAAUCUCAAGGAUGAAGAUAUUCAAAGGGCCAAUAAAAAAAGUUGGAUUAAGUUUGUGGCAUCACCCACAAAAUACUAUUCUUAUCACAGUUUACAUGCGACACCGGAAAUAAGCCUUCUAAUUUGCCAAUUUAACCAGAAACAAUUUUCCUUUUCUUGCGCUUUCGCUGAAGUUUAUUCUUUCACAAUAUCAUCGGCAAUUUCAAUCCUACUCAAAAACUUGGUUGAUCUCACCCUGUGUUUGGGAUAUGAUAUUGUUUCCACGAAUAGUUCAUGGAUUCCCAGAAGUGUUUCAGAAAUAGAAGAUGAUGGCAGAAUUUUCUUGAAAUUAAGACAUCUCAGCUCUCAAUGUGAAAUAGCAUAUUCUUAUGCUGGUACAGGACCCAACAUCUGCUACACUUGUAUGCGUCUCCAUGUGCAUAAUCAAGACAGUGACAAGAGAAAAUUCGUCCUUUUUACAACAUCUAUGAUAAAAGAUGAGAAUGGCUUGAGAAAGGUUUUCUAAAAUACCUGGAUAUUGGGAAGAAAAGGCAUACAGUCGGCCAUUAGUGGGAGAAGUUAAUCGCCAGAAAAUGCUGCUCAGUGAUGCCACAAGAAAUGGCUUGAGAAUGGCAUCUAUCUCUAUGGCUGUGAUUAUUUGUAUUGUUUUGGACAGUGGCUAUGUUUUACCAUGGUGAAUAAACCAAGACCCUUUAGAGCAGGGGUCCGCAACUACUUUUCAGCGCGAUCCAAAAAUUCUUCUAAUUUUUUCCACCCAAGCAUUUGGAAAGCAUAAAAUUAGUUAUCAAUUUUAAGACUAUUAUUGACCCUAUCAAUUUUCUUGCAUAAAAUAAAUGGAACUUAGCACAUAAAAUGAAUAAUAGCGUUUAUUAUGACUAAUGCGAAUUAUAAGCUUUGUGCUUAGAGCACAACAUGUCAAUUUAAUUUGGGAGAAGGUAACUCGAAGAUCUUCUAGCCUUGUUCUGUAUUUGUUCUCUAUGUAUGAAAACGUCCUUUCACAUAAAAAGGUAGUUCCGAAUGGCAACAGAACAUUCAUUGCAUCAGUUAAUAACUCCGGAUAUUCCUUUGCAACUGAAAUCCAAAAUUCAACCACGACAGACUGUCUGAAUGGCAAAAGUAUCGGAGCGCUUCUAAAAUGUUUAUUAUUACGUCAAAAUUUGCACUUAUACUGAUUGGCCAAUGUCACCGCAGUAAAUAAGGAAGUGUAUACUUGGGGAAACAUCCAUAAUUAUAAUCGGAGAUUUAUAUAGUUGUUAUACCUAAAUACGCUACACAGACGCGAUGCUCAUAAUUAUGGCAUAAUUGAAAUUGUUUUGCGACUCAGAGCGAGGUGCUUCGCAACCCAAAUUUGGGUCGCGACCCCGUAGUUGCAGACCCCUGUCUCGUUUGCUGUAAGAUUCAAGUGUAAUUUCAACACAAUACAUUCAGAUACUCAUUUUUGUACCUAAUUUCUUGGUUUGCGGCCCGCGUGGCCAAUAAAUUUCAAAAAGUGGCGCACGACAUGUUUUGAGUUAGAGACCCCUGCUCUAGAGGCAUAUUUUGGUCACCAACGCGAGCGAGGUUUCCGUACUGGAAACCCCACCUUUAGUUUAUAUACAUCAAACUCCAGAUUAAUAGAUGUUGUAAAAUCGAGUAGUAGUGUUUUUGGUUCUAAUGUUGCGAUUGAAAAUGAUUGAUAAAUUUCUAGAAGCUGACUUCUUUCUGCUUAAAUACAUGCAUACGGAUUUAUAUACAAGUACUAGUCCAUUUUCUUAAAUUUGUUUCUAAUUUUAGUGGCUGGCUAGUCUCUGCUUUAAAUAAUAGUUACCAUAAUGUAUCCAAAAUUAAAUUUCAUAUGAAUAUUAAUCGAUGGUUUAUUUGUCAAAAUGCCUCCUAUCAAAUUGAAAAGUUUCCCCUAUCUCGCAUAUAAUUUUAUUCAAAUUUGUGGAACCACAUCUAUGUUUUAAAAUUAGCUAUCAAUUAUUGGUCUUUGCAUUUGUCAUUUUUUCUCUACCAAGUCUGUGUGAUUCUUCAUAUCUAAGUCAAAAUUCCUGUUCAGUUUUUUUUUUGUAUUUCUUAUGCUAAAAAUACAAAGUAGAAAUUGUUUUGUUGGCUAAUUUUUAUUAUAGUGUAAUAAUGAGAUUAUUUGGAAAAACAAUUUUUCAAACCAUCGCAAAGUCCAUAUGAUUUGGGUCCAUAUUUUCUUCUCGAAACUUUGUUCUGCAGUUCAGUCCUUGUUCGAAUAAAUCUUCUCACAGAAAUGGUUAGAAUACUGGAUUCACUGGGGCUGAAAGGGUCCAUGUCAAUAUUUCCGAUAAUACGCCGUUCAUCUAUUACCCUUUUGCAUACUUGAGACAGGAAUUUGCUUUCCACAGAGAUUAGGAAGAGAACAAAUGUUUCGGAUGCUGAUAUGAUACCGCCUCUAUUACGCUCUUCAAAGCAAUUGGGAAGAUCGAGUCUCGAAGCUUGGUUUUGGCACCAGAAAGCACCUUCUCCACCUGGACGCUUUAUUCCCCAUUUUAGCAAUCCCCCAGCUAGGUACUCAAUCACCUUUUUGUCGCCUUUGGUUAUUAACGUUUGCAUGAAUGGCUCAGUUACUUGAAACGCUUUUUUUAUAAUUUUCGGUGCUGCAAUUUUGAUUAUGCGUUUUAGGUCCAAAUGAGAGAUUUCAGAAUUGUUCGAAUAUGGGCUAUGGCUUUUGCAAUUUUUCAAUGUAUUUAGCUGUCAUUUUACUUCUGGAUUCUUCUCUAGAAAUUUCCAUCAUAUCCGCUAUAACAACUGCCCAUGGUGAUGAUUCCUGAUUUAAUGUGAUGUUCAAAUCAUUCAAUGCAGUCUGCAGUGUCUUCUUGCAAUUAACACUUCCGUAGUCGAUUUCUACUACAGAUAGCCUAUGCCCCAUUUUCCUUCUAUCUCGUCAUCAAGCUGUGAAAUAUAUAAAAUCGGGUCUAAAACAGUGCCUAAGUGCCUGAAUAUAGCAAAACAAAUGUGAUGUAAAAAUACUGACCAAAUUUUUAGCAAACCAAAAACGGUCUCUAC